CAACCCCUAAUUUUUUUUGUCUGUUCCUCUCUACUCUUCUCUCCUUCUUCAAGUUCUUUCAAAAGCUUCAGUUGAUAAACAUCCUCCGGCCAUGGCGCACGGAGGUUUUAACAAGAGAAGGGUUUCAGAACCGAAGCAGUCAGCAGGAAGCAGCAGUCGAAGGUCGAAAGUAUUGCGUGUAGAGAAGAAACCUAAGAAUGUCUCCAUCAAGAAUCAGAUGCGUUCCGUUGAACGCUUUCUUCGUAAAGAUUUGCCACCUGAAGUAAAAGAGUCUCUAGUAGAGAAGUUGGAAGAUUUGAAGAAGCAGCAAGACGCUCAUGCCCGUCUCGCUGUUGAGCGUAAAGUAUUCCUCAGGAACAGGAAGAUUAAGUUCUUUGAGCGGAGAAAGAUUGAAAGAAGCAUUAGACGCCUUGAGAAGCUACAACGGACUUCAUCUGCCCAUGUGGGAGACACAGAUAUAGCUGAGCAACUUACUAAACUCAAAGAAGACCUUGAAUAUGUUAGGUUCUUCCCCAAAAAUGAGAAGUAUGUAUCUCUUUUUACUGGAGGUGAGGAUCCAGAAGUAGUUGAGAAAAGAGGUAAACUGAGGAAGCAGGUCAAAGCCAAUAUCAUUGUUGCUGCUGCUAGUGGGAAAGAGUUAGAAGAAACGGGCAGUGAAGAUGAUGGUCUUCUGGACCUUAGUGAUGAUGAUUUCUUUGAUAAAGGGAGUUCAAGCGAUGAAGCAGAUGCAGAUGAUGAAUUGACCGAUAAAAGUGCAAAGGAGGCUGCGUCUAGUGCUUCUGGUAGAGCUACUUCUGGCAUGUCAAGUGAUGAACGUAAUCAGAAGCAGAACUCUGCUAGGGCUUUAAUGCCGCCACCACAAGCAAGGUUUGAAUCAAAUUAUAGGAAGAAUUCAUAUGUACAGAGGAAUGAGAUGCCAUCAUCCUCGAGAAACACUUCGAACAGAAGAAGUGAGUCUUCAUAUAAUACAACCAGGACUGCUACGGCAAAUGCAUACAGCAGUCAGAGUAGCAACUUGAGCUCCAAUUCUGAUGCUCACAAACCCAAAAGGAAGAGACGGCCUAAGAAGAAGAAGCAACAGUGAUCGGGUUCUUCAGCUUCUCCAAACACACACUAGAAACUCUUAUCAGUUCUGUCACUUGCUGCAAUGGUCUCGCCGUUGGGAUCUAUUUAUAUAUAUAUAUAUAUAUAUACACUUUUGGAUGUGGUAAUUGAAUUCACUCAGAAAUAUGUGUAUGUUGCUUUUGGCAUUUGAGAUGAUACCCUAAAACUUCUGCUGUGAACUCACUUUUGAAUCUUUCUUGAGUUUUACUUAUAGAAUUGAGUCAAUUGAGUAAUUGACCAUAGAGA